AUGGGCGAGCAAUCGGACUUUAUGUCCAACUUCAUCACAGCCCACCGCGUACCUGAAGAUGCACGGAAACACUUCGAAAAGAUUGAAUGGACCAACAAAUACCUCUCCGAUCCCCUCUACAAAGCCAUCCCGACCUUUUCGCGAGUUCUCAAGGAGUCCGGCGAAGACUAUUUCUUCUCUAGAACCAUCAGCUCCCCUUCCACCAUCCCACACCUAGUUACCCUCCAAUUAAAAGACUAUAAAACCCCGGCCGAGAGCGCAAAAGGCCAGCUAAAAGGAAAACAAAAUCCCAAAGAUGCCACACCUGUUCCCAACCAUCCCGAUUGCAUUAUGUUGCUCGCGCUCGGUCGACCUGGUCUCGACGGUCAUCCAAGCGUCAUUCAUGGGGGCAUGGCAUCAGCAAUACUUGACGAGACGAUGGGCUUGUGUGUCAUGCUUCACCAUCAACACAUCUCUGGCCCGCGAGAUUCGCUUUUUACCGUCAAUUUAAACGUCACCUUCCGGGCUCCUGUGCCUACCCCCGGGGAAGUCUUUGUGAGAUGCUGGCUGUUAGGAAGAGAAGGUCGCAAGUGGAUGUCGCGCGGACAGAUCUGCGAUAAAGAUGGCCAGGUCUUGACUGAGGCCGAGGGCACUUGGGUCCUGGCUAAGAGGGAAGAAAAGCUGUAG